AUGUAAUACAAAAUACUACUAGUGUUAUUAGCAACAGCCUGUUGUUUCAAUUAUCUUCCUGAAGUAGAGAUUGAUUUGAGUGCACCUCCAAGACAAAGAUGGAAAGAGUCUGUCAGAACUAUACUGGAUUUAUACGGAUAUGAGAAUUCAUUUGGCCCAGUUUUCUAAGCUCAUAACGAAGAGACCUUCAGUAUUUUGGCUCCUGAAGAUUAUAUUACAAUGGCAACUGCAAUAAGAAAGAAUUUCCCUGAAUAUUCGUUAGAAAUAGAAGGAAUCGUUGAAGAAAUUCAAUAGACCAGAAGUUACCUUUGA